CUGUCCCACUGUGUUAAAGCCACGGUCCUCAGAGCUGAUAAUCUAGACAGCCUUGUUUCUACAUCAAUGGCAGCAGAUUACCAGGUGGUGAUCAAUCUGCAUCACAAGGGAGUUUUGAUCAGCAGCAGAGAGACUAAAGCCGGGUCCUGUACUGUGUGGAAUACUUCUUUCCUGUUUGACCUGCCUCCAGGAGACAUCAGUCAGCUGCCCCUCAUGUUUGAAUUCAUAAUAACACAGAAUGCAGUCCUGUCAGAAGCUAAAGCUGUUGGUCGAGUCUUCAUUGGAGCAGAGGCUGCGGAUGCGGGACGUGCUCACUGGAGGGACAUGUGCAGCCGGCAUGUGGAGCAGGCGCGCUGGCACACUGUUCAACCCGAAACCACAACAAAAUAAGACUAUUAAAUGACUCGUGGACCAGAUGUACUGUUGAGCUCUUUGUGCAGCAACAAUGGGGUUAGACAUGAAGUGAACACGGUUGGAGCAAAGCCUGUGAUCUAGUUCGAGAUGCCUCUCUCUCCUUCUUUUAUAAAGUAUACUAAACAUAACCUUUGAAUCUGGCAGCUUACUUCAUCUACAAAGAUUCCCAUCUCUGGCAUGCUGAUGCAGUCGCUGCCCUGAGCUGCUGCUGUUUCAGGCCCUCCACCACCCCAGUAAAUCAAUUCUCUAAACGUGGCCUUAUUUCAAUUAGUUGUGCAAUUGCAACUUUGCAGUCUUGUAUCCAUUUGGUUUCUAUCCCCAAAACAUUUGAACACUGAACACUGUAGUCUUUCAAAUA